AUGGUCAGCUAUGUAUAUUGGCCUGAACACCUGUACUCGAGGCCUGAUGAGGACGGCGCAAUUGCAAUCGGGAUCUCAUUGGAGGGCUCGGAUAUAAUGGUGCUUGACACUGUGCCUCGAAACGGGGCGCAGACUGCGCUGGAACAUCCAUAUUGUGAAGCUGCAGUGAGUGAAGCUGGGGGCACAGAGUGGCAGUUUGGUGAAAAGGACGUUGCUAUUACUCGAUUUGAUGCUCCACGACUCGACUUAAUGCAGUUUUUUGCUCUAGAGCCCAUAUCGCUAACGUUGCCCGAAAAGCAAAACCAUACAUCCGAUGUUGGAAACAUGCGGAAGCUUUAUGAAUAUAGUCGCUACUUCCACACGGACUCCAAAUUGAGACAGUCAGUUAGCUUGAUCAAUCUGUAUUACUCACACCUCUCUGCAUUCCAUACUAAAUACCCACAGCUUACAACGGCUGAGCAACAAUAUCGCCCUUGGCGAUCCAUAUUUGCGUGGUACAAACAAACAACGUUCAAUAGAUUAAUAUGUUGGACAUUCCUACAUAUUAUAGUCAUGCUCUGUACUGUCGCAUAUUCAGUCUCUGCGGUACUGAAUUGGCGGUACCUCCCCCUAGCGAACGUUUCCGCUACUGCAAGACAGAUCGAUUUGCGCUGCAGACAACUGUGCUAUUUCCCAGUGCAAUACCUAAUGAUUAAUAAGAAUAAGCUAGUGAGGAAAAAAAUGAGGCGGUUCUCUAACCAUGCCCAGCCAGCAAAGGGUGCAACAAGGGACUUUCCUUGCAAGUUUUAUCCGGACUACAUUCGAUUUUACAAUACCAUAUGGCUGAUGAUAAAUGAUUUAUCGUUUGGUCUGAUAAUUGGAUCAGUCAUAAGUGAUAAAAGUGGAGCUUUGUGUCCCCUGAUCAAUAGGGCAGUCACGUAUUGUCUUAACGAUUUGUUAAAGUCAGUGACCACAAGAUUGGCAAACAACCCGUUUGGGAUCAAGCUUAAUGACGAACUGACGAGAUUUUUAAGCGAUCUGUUUUUAUGGAUCAUUGAAUUUGCCAAUUUUUACGUCAUUACCCCAUUCACCAGUGAGCAGAGCUUGUCGAAACUUUUAAAAGUUGUCAGUAAAACAAUGAUACUCAUUGGCGCCUCCUUUGGGUUUUCUUUGCUAGCGGAUUUUUUCACGCUAAUAAGCCUACACAUUUACUGCUUUUACCACAUCAUCAACAAGCUGUAUUCUUGGCAGUUGAAUGCUAUGAUGAGUCUGUUUUACUUAUUCCGUGGGAAGAAACGGAAUAAGUUACGGCACAGAGUCGAUUUCCAUUCGUUCGAUCUUGACCAGCUACUAAUGGGGAUGUUGAUAUUUGUGCCCCUCGUAUACUUAACCCCGACAGUGUUGGCUUUCUAUAUUAGUUACACUGUGCUGAGGUUGUUCGCCAUCUAUUUUGAAAUCGGCCUGAACUACGUAAUUGCGCUGAUAAACCAUUUCCCUUUGUUUGCGCUUCUACUUCGGAUAAAGGACCCUAAAAGAUUACCUGGCGGGGUAUCUCUCACCACUGCAGACCAGGGGAACUCUUUCAAACUAAAGAAUAACCCAUUGCAAUUUGGAAUGAUGUUUAGCCUCUAUACCGUUUUAUUGGGCCAGAUAGGUGAACAGUACUGCUCUCUCGGCACUUUGAAAAAAAUUUUGGGCGGUCGACCCAUCUCGCUAAAUCGGAACAGGCUAUAUUGCGUACUGUACUCCUCGUUACCCGUGGAACCAAUGAUGAUUCAUUGCAUUUAUGAGGAGCUGCUUGAAACUCUCCCUAAUGAGCACGCGAAGCACGAGGCCGAGACGUAA